AAGAAAAACAGUUCAGUGGCAUUCGAUUGUGAAUCUUGUUCAAAUUGUACCUCUUCCCAGCAAUUGUAAAACAUACUGUGGUUGUCAUGCCAGAGGAGGUGUGGCUGAUUGAGGUAACAGGGUUGGUGGAGAGGUGAAGGUAUCAUGUAGCAGCUAUAAAACAGCCAAGGGAACUCAACGAGGACAUUUCUGCUGAGAUACUUUCGGACCAUACAGCAGCAGUGACACCAUGAGGUUCCAGGCUCUGUUCUUUCUCCUGCUCCUGGCAUGCAUGUACCUCACUCUGGCUCAAGGGUCCUAUGAGAACUGCUGUCUGAGGCAUGUUGCUGGCCUGAAGAAGAGUACCAAGAGGAAUGUUGUACGCUACAGGAUACAGGAAACAGAUGGAGGCUGCAACAUCAAGGCCAUUGUGUUCAUACUGAAGAAAGGGAAGACUGUUUGUGCCAAUCCCAGCCACAAAUGGGUACAGCAUCUGAGGACUGUUGUCGAUAAGAUUCCAGGGAAUGAGGGGAUGUAGUUGAUCAGUUGCUUCGUUGGAGGAUCUUUCAACCAGUGUACCAAUUUCCAAAAAUAGGACAGUCAUAUCAUCCUGUAACUAGAAUGUGAACUUCAUUAUAUUACUCAUUAUAUUACAGUUUGGCUUAAUGAGUUUAUAUUACAUGCUUUUGGGAGGAUACCUGAGAUUCAGAUGGCUGUUAGCAUGAGGUGACUAUCCGUGCCUGCUUGUAAUGUGCCACGGCAGCUUAGCAUUAUUGUGUGAGGGGGCGGAGGGGAUGGGGCGGGGGGGGGGUUAUUCACUAUCCUCAUGGGUACCGGAAAUCCCCCAAAAGUCCUCACAAGGGUAGUCAAUUAGGGAACAUUUUCCCUCAUGGGGACAUUUCCCACAUCCCCACGAGGACAAAUGCUAUUUUAAACUUAGGGGUUAGGUUUAGGUUCAGGGUUAGGUUUAGGGUUAGGGUUCAGGUUAGGGGUUAGGGAAAAUAGAUUUUAAAUGGAAAUCAAUUUUAGGUGGGGGGGUGGGGCAGAAUGCAUUGAAAAGCUACAAUUACUAUUUUGUUAAACCUUGAGACACUACAUGACAAAAAGUAUGUGGACACCUGCUCUAGU